UGCCCAUGCCCACGCCCACGCACUACACAGCCCAAACGGUCCAGCAGACGCUGCACAAGGCAGCACCCACCGCGCCGCCCCCGCGCGCCGCUGGCCCUACACCCAUCGGCGCGCCCAUCAACCCCGCCAACGCGUAUCCGUAUCCCCGCACCAGCAGCGGCGGCGGCGGCGCUGGCCCUCCGCGCCCGGCACACAGCCCCUACGACGCGCCCGGCCACAGCCCCGCCUACAGCUCUGGUGCCGGUGCGAACCCCGCGUACGCACCCUUCGAGCCGCGCAAAACCGCCUCAGAGGCAGACCAAGAUCUGCGCGAGCUCGUCGCGGGGACGUUCGAGGACACACAGGACGUCGACAUCGACCCCGCCGCGGCGCUCGUCGAUGGGUUUCAAGAAGGCGUAAGGCUCCUGCCGCACCAGGUGCUCGGGCGCGCGUGGAUGCGCGAUCGCGAGUCGGGCAAGAAGGCUGGGGGGAUUUUAGCGGAUGACAUGGGGCUGGGCAAGACGAUCCAGACGCUCGCGCGUAUUCUCGAUGGCAAAGCGAAGAAAUCGGACAAGGACGACGGAUGGGCCGCGACGACUCUCGUCAUCUGCCCCGUCGCGCUCGUCUCCCAAUGGGCACAAGAAAUCAAACGCCUCUCCACGGGCCUGCGCGUCCUCGAGCACCACGGGCAGUCGCGCACUACCGACCCGCUCAAGCUGCGCUCGCACCACGUCGUGAUCACAUCGUACACGACCGCUGCGUCUGAGCACGCUGCGUUCAGCCCCGAGAUCAAGGACGAGGGCAGCGGGAGCAAGGCGUCUAAGAAGAAGGCGUCCGGCAAGAAGAAGAAGGCGUCGGCGGAUUCUGAUUCGGAUGAAGACGAGUCCGACGAUUCGGUGGUCAGGGCGAUGAACAGGAAUGCGAACGCGAAGGGCAAGCGCGCGGGCGGGAAGGCGAAGAAGGACGCGUUGUAUCGUGUGAAGUGGUUCCGCGUCGUGCUUGACGAGGCGCAUAAUAUCAAGAACCGGAACACGAAGAGCGCCAUCGCGUGCUGCGCGCUCGAGGCCAAGUACCGCUGGGCGCUGACGGGCACACCGAUGCAAAACUCCGUUGAGGAGCUCUACUCGCUCAUCAAAUUCCUGCGCAUCCGGCCGCUCAACGACUGGCCCGAAUUCAACACCAAAAUCGCCCAGCCCAUCAAAUCGGGGCGCACCUCGGCGCCCAUGAAGCGCCUGCAGGUCGUCCUCCGGUCGAUCAUGCUCCGCCGGCGCAAGGACCAGCUGAUCAACGGCCAGCCGAUUCUGGAGCUGCCGGAGCGGCGCGUGGGGAUUGUGCCGUGCGCGUUUGAUCGCGCGGAGAGGCGGUUUUAUAGGGAGCUGGAGGCGCGGAUGGGGAGCGAGCUGGAUAAGCUUGUGAGGGAGGGGGUGGCGGAGAGGAGUUAUACGCAUGUGUUGGUGCUUUUGUUGAGGUUGCGCCAGGCGUGCAACCAUCCGUCGUUGAUCUCGAAGAACUACAAGGCCGACGCGGCUGCGAUCGAGUCGCGUCCGGCGAAGAGCGACGACGACGGCGACGGUGCGGGGGAUGGUGCGGAGGCGGACGAGCUCGCGGCGAUGUUUGGUGCGCUCGGGGUGUCGCGCAAGUGCCAGCUGUGUCAGACCGAGCUAACGCCGAGUAACACGACGCCCUCGUCGACCGACCACUGCAAGGCCUGCGCGCAUCUCGCGCUCACAUCCCGGCGCAAGUCCAUCUCGGGUCGAGCCCCCAGCAAGGAGGAGGAUGAAGAGGAGGGGGAGGGGGAGGAGGAGAAGCUGCCCCCGUCGAGCGCCAAGAUCCGCAAGAUCCUCGAGAUCAUGCGCGAGACGGAGCGGCGCUCGGGCGGGGUGGAGAAGACGAUUGUUUUUUCGCAGUUUACGAGCUUUUUGGAUGUGCUUGGGCCGUUUUUGGAUCGGGAGGGGGUGAAGCAUGUGCGCUACGACGGCUCGAUGAAAAAGGAUGCGCGCGACGCGGCGCUCGAGAAGAUCCGGACGAGCAAGAGCACGCGGUGUAUUUUGAUCUCGUUCAAGGCUGGCAGCACCGGCCUGAACCUGACGGCGUGCAACAACGUCAUUCUCGUCGACCUCUGGUGGAACCCCGCGCUCGAGGACCAGGCGUUCGAUCGCGCCCAUCGGUUUGGGCAGACGCGGGCUGUUAAUAUCCAUAAGCUCACGAUUGAGGAUACGGUCGAGCAGCGGAUCCUGGAGCUGCAAGAGAAGAAGCGCGCGCUGGCUGCCGCCGCGCUCUCGGGCGACAAGCUCAAGAAUAUGAAGCUCGGCAUGGACGAUCUGCUUGCGCUGUUCCGCGGGUCGGGGCAGAAUGACAGCAGCGACGAUGACGAGAGCGAGGAUGAGGAGUGAGAGGGCACUAAUAGCCUGUAGGUGAUGGAGGCGGGCUGGCACAUCGGCGUAGCUGCUGCUAUAUGACGGGUGGAUGGAUGGAUUUUUUUGCGAUGCGAUCUUGUUGUCGUAAUUGAGUGUUUCAUUGUGCAGUGUUAUCAUGCUAUUAGCGUUCUUAUGUUCUAUUAUAUACCUCUGAAAUAUUAGACCUCUACAAGC